UUUUCCCCAUUAACAACAUUUAAAAUCUCUUUUCUUGAAAAAAUUUCUAUGUCUCUCUAAAAUCGUUACUCUUAUCUGUUUACUUGUUGUUCCAAAAAUAUUGGAGGUUUGAUACUUUCAACAUUUUCAAGAUUAGCUAAUUCAUAUAUAAAUAUCCUUUCUCUUGUAUAUUAAGUAAUAUAUACAAGUUUCCAUUUCUUGGGUUGUAUAGUUGAUUUAUUUGUUAGUUGAGUGAGAUGGAUGAUGAAUAUGCUAAAUUGAUUAGGAGGUUAAACCCACCAAGAGUUGUUAUUGAUAAUCUUUCUUGUGAAGAUGCUACCGUUAUUCAGGUUGACAGUGUCAACAAGCAUGGAACUCUUCUACAAGUUGUCCAAGUUCUUGCUGACAUAAACCUUACAAUUAAAAAGGCUUAUAUUUCUUCUGACGGCGUAUGGUUUAUGGAUGUUUUCAAUGUGACUGACUGUCAUGGGAACAAGAUCAGAGAUCAAGAAGUCAUCAACUAUAUCCGUAAGACAAUUGAGAGUGACGCCUCACUUUUGCCCCCGAUAAGAGAAUCAGUCGGAGUUAUGCCUUCUGAAGAACACACCUCAAUCGAGCUAACAGGGACCGACAGACCAGGCUUAUUAUCAGAAGUGUGUGCAGUCCUUACUGAUCUUAACUGCAACGUAGUAAAUGCUGAGAUCUGGACCCAUAAUUCUCGAGCUGCAGCUGUCGUACAUGUAACUGAUUACUCUGCAGGCCGUGCAAUCAACGAUCCAAAACGACUCCUUACAAUAAAGAAGCUUCUUUGUUAUGUACUUAAAGGAAAUUGUGACACUGAUCGAACAGCACAUACGAGACUUUCCCCACCCGGAAAUACUCAUAGGGGAAGAAGGCUACACCAAAUUAUGUUUGAUGAUCGAGAUUAUGAAAGAAUGGAAACGGUAGGGAACUCUCGAAGCGAGGAUAAGUAUAAAAAGCCGCAUGUAACAGUAUCCGAUUGUCCUGAGAAGGAUUAUACCGUGAUAGUAAUGAGGUCUAAGGAUCGACCUAAGUUAUUGUUUGAUAUAGUGUGCACUCUUACGGAUAUGCAAUACGUUGUUUUUCAUGGCAUGGUCAUGAGCACCGGAAGGAUGGAAGCAUACCAGGAAUUUUACAUUCGACAUGUUGAUGGGCGUCCCAUAACAUCAGAAGCUGAGCGACAACGUGUUGUGCAAUGCCUUGAAGCAGCGAUCGAAAGGAGAGCAUCAGAGGGGUUAGAGUUAGAAUUGUGCACCGAAGAUAGAGUAGGACUCCUAUCAGAUAUAACUCGUAUAUUCAGGGAAAACGGACUAACCAUCCGAAGAGCCGAGAUAUCUACAAAGAACGGUAAAGCAGUAGACACUUUCUAUGUUACAGACGUGACAGGAAAUCCUGUCGAUCCAGCAACAGUCUAUUCAAUCCAACAACAAAUCGGACAAACCAUUCUACGUAUAAAACACAACUCAUAUCAAUCUCCUAAACCUGGCCAAGAAACUACGACGACAAUGAGUUUCUUCUUCGGGAACUUUUUUAAACGCCCGAAGAACAGGUAUUGUAAGUAAUCUGUAUAGUCUUUGUGCAGAAAAAACCAAUACAAAUCAAGUAGGAAAGUACAUAAUAUGAAGGUAGGAAGGAAAUAAAAGAUUAGAUGUUGUAUAUUGAUGAUAUACAAUCAACCCUUUUCAUAUUUAAUGGGUUGAAGUUAAAAUAUAUGAUUAGCCAAGAUAAA